AUGGGAGGCUCUCAGUCGACCCAGUGGCCACCGGAACGCAGCCAGCGUCAACAACGGCGGCCGUCCAACCGGCUGUCCAAACCGCCGCGGAGCAAUUCGUCGUCGAGCGCGAUGAAAGCCAAUGUUUCCAACACAGAAGCGCCGCGCAGAGAGGCUCCGCUGGACUGGCGGGACCCGUGGAUGAGGAAUUCCGCUCCGGACAUUGUGCGGGAUUCCGCCAAUGAUAAUAAUAAUAACGACGAGCGCGGACACCGGCGGGUGCAGUCGUUCCCUUCCUAUUCGGUCGUCAGCUUCAACGCUCCGCCGCGGACGCCCGUCGACCGCGGAAACAGGAGCUGGUCGUACAUUGGCGAUGCCGCCGCGCCCUCCCGCCAGCUGUCCCGCUCCAGCUCCCAGGCCUCCAACUUCUCCGUGCGGCGGUCUUCCGUGGCUGAACCCAGUCGAUCGCGUAUGCCACCGCCUCAGCGCAUCCAUUCCUACCAGUUUGAGCCCCAGGACAUCGAGCAUGCCAUCCAGGAACGCCCCGCGGAGGAGGCCAAGUAUCACCAGGAUUUCUCCUCAGUCGAUGCCCACCGCUUCUCGCUCAUCCGCCGCAAGUCCCUGCUCACGCCGGGUCUCGCAACCAGGGAGCCGGAAGCCGGUUAUCGCCAUUCCUACUCGGAGCCCCUUCUGAACGCCAGCAGUUGUUCGGUCGAGGCAUCAAGAACGUCGCAGUGGCCGCUCUACGAACCAGAAUAUCUCUCCCAGCCCAUCGGGGCAUGCUCCCCGAACGAGCAUGAGUAUUCGCAGCUAGGAACCCUCCGAUUUGGGUCUUUACGGGUCGUCAAUGGCACCUCCUCUCCAUCAUCCAGUGAUCGUUCUCUCAGACAGGGCCCUACACCACCAGCCAAGCGGCCUGGUGACCGUUCGAGUGAGUCCAGCCGCAGCCGCGAUGAAUAUCGCAAGAGUGACACCCGUUUUCCCCGGUUUGACCAGGAUGCAGAUGAACAGCCCAAGUCCCCUCCGAAUGGGAGCUCGAGGGCCGAGCCCAAAGCUCGCCCUGCUGCUGAGCCGGAGUCCUCGGGUUCAAGCACGCCCCGGAACCGGCAUCAGAAGACCGUCUCGAGCCCGCCGUCACUCCUGAGGAUCUCCUCCCAGCUCGCCGAAGGAAAAGCAGCUGAGAAGGAUGAGGUCCCGGACAGCCCUUUUUCCUUUGAGAAGUCACCCGCGCUUCCUACGCUUCCUAGACACAGUGCGCUGUUUCCGGCACAGGUAGAGGACGAGGGCAUCCACCUCACCGAUAGCGAUAUCUCCACCCCGGGCACGAGUCGAUCCAAGCUGGACUGGACUGCUGGCAGCGAUCCCGCCGUACAGGACGGCAUGCGGCGCAUGCGGCGGUCCCGCGCUGGAGAUAAGCCCGAUUCUGGCUACAGCUCUACGACCUCGAUCUGGUCGAUCCCAGAACCAAUGAAGAGGGACUCCUUCAGUUCUCAGACCUUGCAGCACUACCCCUAUUGGCGCUCUUCGGGCAUCAGCGUCGGUGGUCCUCGCGAGAAAGGUCCAGACGAUACGCUCCCCACCAACGGCAAAGGGCUUCGUCGAGUGAGCAGUCCGGAACUGGGCGAGUUUGGAGGCGAGGCGACGGUACGCCGUCCGUCGCGAUUCCAGAGACUCAGCACGGAGUUAACUCGUCCGCGAGACCUGUCUCUUCCAAGAUCACGCGAGUCUCGUCGACGGCAAGAGAGAGAGACCGCAGAGGCCGCAACCCUGUGUCGCGAGAGCGAAUCCAGAGCCAGAUCUACGAGCCGCUUCAGAACAGGGCAGAAAUCACGCUCAACGCCUCGUCCGCCCAGCAGUGGGAAGAACAGUCCGCCUCGAUUCUAUGCCGAUCUCAACCCCGGCAGUGUGCCUCCUGCGUCGUCUGGUACGGCCGCGGGACAUAAGAGUCGAGGUCGCCAAGAAGACGCAAACGAUGACUCCCGGCGCAAGCGUCGCUUCUCUACCAGCCAGCUCAAGAACGGAAUCAAGAACCUACUUCUUGAGGUGAAGACUGGGGGUUCCAAGAGUUCUUCUGACUUGAAAACGGACCGGCCUUCGGACAAGCGCGCAUCGUUCGACUCACGAAGGGCGCAUAACACACCUCGCACGAGUCGUAGUGUCGAGCUGCCUCGAUCGAGACCGAGGGCGAGGUCAGAUCCUUAUGGAGGUGCCAGACCAGCUUCUGAAUGUCGGAUCCCCCGUCCCCAGACGAGACAUGGACCCCCCGGCUAUGAUAGGCCUCCGUCUCGCUCUCCUGCCAGACAGCGAUCCCCACGCGUGAAGGAGGAAGUUCCCCCAAUCCCAACAUUGCCUACGAUGGACGAGAUCUGGAAGAGAGAGAAAAGACGAUCAUCCGGCCUGUUGGCUUCAGUCAUGAGCUUGGACGAGCUGCAGAAACUAGAGAAGUUAGAGAACAGAAGAUCGGACAUCUCCAUGCUAGGUGAAGGAAGCAAGAGUCAACCGACGCUGUCCACCAGUCCCCCGUCGACUACCAAGGACACAAGGAGGGAAGAUCAACGCAGGUCCUAUCAUGCACCGGCUGAGAAUGGACGGAGGAGAGAUUCUAUAGCGAAGCCCGGUCCAGCUGAGAUACCUAGUGUUGAGGAAAGGCGAAAAAGUAUCCCCAAGUUAAACGAGUAUGCGCAAGCACAUCGACGGUCGGUCUCCGAUAUCACGCCGAACCCAGCACAGACGAAUGGUCACACCAAGCCUGACUCGCCUCAACAUGACAACCCGCGUGGCCGUGCCAGAAGCCGCAGUAUCGCGAACCCACAGGCAGAUCCUCAGACACAGUCUGGUCCAUACGUGACAAGCCUGCGGAGUCCUCCACCAGAACUGUUUGAGCAGCAACGGCCCAGACUGGCGAGUCCACCAAGUGCGCGUCCGAACGGACCGAGACCAGGACCCAAUACGAAUAGCCGUAUGAAUCUCAAACUGACUAUUCCGCGAGAUCCUUCCCCUGUAUCAACUGCGGGAUCUGAUUUCAUCGACCGGUACCCGAGAUUCGGAAGUCCAAAGAGUCCGCGUUCCAGCACGUCGUCACUUGUAUUAAGUGACAAGCAGACACCCACCAGUCCGAAGAGUCCACGGAGUCGACGAUCGAGCAUGUCAUCUGAAGCUUUUGCUGACAAGAACGCACGAAUGAGGAGCCCACUGAGUCCCCGUCCGAGAGUCUCAUCGGAAGUGUAUGACAAACAGGCGCGCAUAACGAGUCCGUCGCGGGUGACUAGUCCCAGAAGCAUGCGUUCGAGCAUCUCAUCCGAGAUAUACGACAAGCAGGCUCGGAUGAUGAGCCCGCCUCGGGUGACGAGUCCAAGGAGCGUGCGCUCGAGCGUUUCAUCCGAAGCAUUUGCGGAUAGGCCGCCGCGAGUUUCGAGUCCGCGCAGCGCAUGUUCCAGAGGGUCAAGUGGACCCGAUUUCUUUGAUCGAUAUCCGAGGUUUGGCAGUCCAAUAAGCAUGAAGUCGGUCACUUCUAUACCAGAAACCCUCGUUGACGAGCGGAGAAAUCCUCGAUUCAGCUUCGAGAGCGGAGUAUCCCGAGGCUGA